AUUUCGUGUUCACUUUGUUCCCAUUUUUUAAUCCUUAAACUUCACGUACUAUUAAACGUACGUACUUACAUUAUAUAUUACUACCAAAAGAAAAAAAAAAAAACAACAAAAAAACAUUACAAUGGCCAAGACCAUAUGCCACAUUUGGUACCUCUCUUUCUUCUUCUUCUUCUUGGGACGAGUUUACGUCGUAGCCGGUGGUAAGGUACCGGCCGUGAUAGUAUUCGGAGACUCCUCAGUUGACACGGGGAACAACAAUGGGAUAAAAACAUUGCUUAAGAGCAACUUUGCCCCGUAUGGUCGGGACUUCGAUGGCGGUCGACCCACGGGUCGAUUCUCUAAUGGGCGGGUGCCUGUGGAUUUCUUCUCCGAAUACUUUGGACUCAAGAAAACUGUCCCGGCCUACUUGGAUCCGAAUUACAAUAUAUCGGAUUUUGCUACUGGAGUCAAUUUUGCUUCUGCUGGUACCGGGUAUGAUAAUACCACUUCUUCGGUGCUUAAUGUGAUACCAUUGUGGAAGGAAGUUGAUUAUUACAAGGAGUACCAAGAAAGAUUACGAAGCUAUCUUGGAGUGCAAAAGGCAAAUGAGAUCAUAUCCGAGGCAAUGUACUUAACAAGCAUGGGAACAAAUGAUUUCCUAGAGAAUUACUACUUACUACCCACGACGAGGUUGUGCUACACGAUUCAAGCGUUUGAGGAUCACCUCAUAGACAUCGCGAAGCAAUUUGUGGGGGAGAUUUAUAAUCUUGGUGCUCGAAAGAUCUCGUUGGCCGGCAUUCCUCCCAUGGGUUGCUUGCCACUAGAGAGAACCAUGAAUUUUGGGGCAAUAGCACAAUGCAACGAAGAGUACAACAAUGUGGCCGCUGAAUUUAAUGUUAAAAUGAACAACUUGGUAAACCAACUCAACAAGGAAUUGCCUGGAAUACAAGUUGUUUUUUCUAACCCUUAUAACGUCCUUCGCCAAAUGAUUAAAAGGCCUACAAUAUUUGGGAUGGAUGAGACAUCUAAAGCAUGCUGUGGCACUGGAUUGGUGGAGAUGAGUUAUCUUUGUGUUCUAGAUAGUUCAUACUCCUGCUCUAAUGCUGACAAAUAUGUUUUCUGGGAUUCUUUCCACCCAACUGAGAAAACUAACCAAGUUAUUGCUCAACAUCUCUUCAAAAGUGUCUUGUGCAAAUUUCUUUGAUGCCGUACAAAUAUGUACUUAUAUUUUUUCCGAUUUGAAAGUCACAGAAAUUAAAUAUGGGGGAGGGGGAUUUGAACGUGUGACCUAUUGGUUUUCAAGACUGAAUUGGUUGCCGUUAUUUAUUUUCAAUUUACAGAUUGAAUCUUCUGAUUUAUAUGGAGAUUCAACAUUUUUUUCCUAUUUUGGGAAGGGGAGAGGGCAAUUGGAAUUUAUAGUGCCAUGCAUCCUGUUAUAAGUGAUAGUUUUAUUUGAUUUUCAAUAUGUAACUUUGAUAUAGAUGUUACUCAUUGUACAUCAUUAAUAAAACAAUACAAAGUAUUAUUUAUGUAUUUAUAAAAGUUUUUUUU